GACUGUUCCAACGGCCCAAUCGCAGCCUCUGUUUUGAUCCUUAGGGGCGUGUCCAGCCAAUAGGAGGAGGAUCCUCCACCCACCAGGGGGCGCUCGGUCUGUUUCUGACCCACAUCGACUUCCGGUACGCCGCCGGAAGUGCCCUCACUGCAUCGCCGUGACUGCGGAGCACCAUGGAGACGUGGGUCCGGUUCAGCGCCCAGAGCCACGGCCGGGAGCGGCUGCUCAGGGUGGCGCAGUUCGCGUGUGUUUUGGUCGGGGACGCGCUGAGGAGGAACGGGGGGAGCGCCGCCAUCUUGGAUCACGUGACACGGCUGGAGGCGCAUCUGGGGCUGGGAAGGAAACUGCUGCCCCUGCUGUUCCAUCCCGGUUCUGCCCCGUCCUGUCCCGGUUCUUCCCGGUAUUUCCUCUUCUCCAUCCUCCUCAACCUGAGCCGCGACGCCUACGAGAUCCGGCAGCUGAUGGAGCGGGAGGCGACCGGGAGGAGGAGCAGCAAAGGAACCGGGACCGGAACCGGGACCGGAACCAGAACCGGGCCGGGCUGCGUGUCAGAGCAGCGCAGCCAUGCGGGGCUGCAGCGGCUGCAGGAGCUGCGGCUGCGGCUGCAGGUUGAGCUGCGUCUCCUGCUGCGCGUCCUGCGGGGGAACCCCCCGCUGUUAUUGGACCUGCUGAAGAACCUUUGUGACCUGUGCAUCCCUUUGGAGCGGCUGCGGCUGCGGCGCUGCGGGGCGGCCGUGCUGGGGCUGUGCGGCGUCACGGCGUCGCUGCUGUCCAUCGUCACCAUCCUGCAGCCGUGGCUGCGGCUGAAGCCGUAACUGAGGGAUACGGACACGGUUCUGGGGGGGGGAGGUUCGGUUCGGCCCAUCCCUGGCUUCAGUUGAAGCUGUAGAACUAUGGGAUGGAGACCUGGUGGGGGGGGAGGUUUGGCCCAUCCCUGGUUCCGAUUGAAGCCGUAGAGCUGUGGGAUACAAACCCAGUUCUGGAUGGGGGGGAGGUUUGGUUCGGUCCAUCCCCGGCUCCUAUUGAAGCCAUAGAGCUGCGGGAUGGAGACCCGGUUCUGGGGAGGGAGGUUCGGCCCAUCCCUGGUUCCGAUUGAAGCCGUAGCACUACGGGAUGGAGACCCGGUUCUGGAUGGGGGGGGAGGUUCGGUUCAGCCCAUCCAGGAGCUGGGUUUGGCCCAUCCCUGGUUCCGAUUGAAGCUGUAACUGUGGGAUACAGACCCGGUUCUGGAUGGGGGGGAGGUUCGGUUCGGUCCAUCCCCGGCUCCAAUUGAAGCCGUAGCGCUGUGGGAUGGUGACCCGGUUCGGGGGGGGAGGUUCGGCCCAUCCCUGGCUGUGACUGAAGCUGUAACUGCGAGAUACAGACCCGGUUCGGGAUGGGGGGGAGGUUCGGUUCGGCCCAUCCCUGGCUCUGAUUGAAGCCGUAGUGCUGUGGGAUGGAGACCCGGUUCGGGGGGGGGGGAGGUUCGGCAC